CGGCUAUGAUUUGUGUCCCCACCUUCGCUUUUCCCAUAAAACACUUCCACCAGACCCCGGAAAUUUCACAUCAUUCGCUCAUUUUCCUUAUUUUUCUCUUCUGCUCUACUUUCUCUCUUGCAUGGCGCUUGAUACCAGCUCCAAACACAAAUUUUCUAACCUUCCAAACACCUUCCUGGAAAAUCCGAUCAAACCCCACCUGAGAAACGGGUUUUCCAUUGGAGGGUCUUCUUCUAAACUCCUUUCUCAACAUAAUUCUCACCAUUUAAUUGGCAACAGCCACUUCAACAUUGAGGGCUCUUCCAUGAAUCCCUUUUCUGGGCUCCAGAAUCCGCUCUUGAAUCGGUAUGAAUCUCUGCACCACCACAGCUCCGGAGAUACCAGUACUUAUGGCGCCAUGGGGGCUGCGCCGCCUGCUGCGACUGGUGCAACUGGGGUGGUGAAAGAACUUCAGAGUAAAGGGCUUCUGAAUUGUUCUCAAGGAAUGAACCAGGCAUACUGGCCCACGAUUUUUGAGGAAUCGGGCAACACCAGUUUAGUAGAGGAUUUCUGGUGCAUCACUCCUGGGAAUGGGUAUGAAAAGAAGGUUGAUCUGAAGAAGAAGAAGAAGAGGAGGGUGCAGAAAAGAAAAGCAAGCAAACUCCGUAAGAAAUUGAAUGUAGUGAAAGGGCAAUGGACUCCCCAAGAAGACUGCUUGUUGAUUCAGAUGGUGCUGAACUAUGGAGAGAAGAAAUGGUCUGAAAUUGCUAAGCAUCUCAAUGGUAGGGUAGGGAAGCAAUGCAGGGAGAGAUGGCACAACCAUUUGAGGCCCAAUAUUAAGAAGGAUCCGUGGACCGAGGAAGAGGACAGGAUUCUCAUACAAGCUCAUAUAGAAAUAGGUAACAGGUGGGCCGAGAUUUCAAAGAGGCUGCCGGGAAGAACUGAGAAUACCAUCAAGAACCAUUGGAAUGCUACCAAAAGAAGGCAUUUGUCGGCUCGGAGUUGCAAUGGUCCGAAGAGCAGCCUCUUGCAGAACUAUGUGAAGCAAGUCUUUUCAUUGCCUGGCGCUACUGAUCAUUACGAGCCAAAUGUUCACUCGGAACCCAACAUAUCAGUGCCUAAUGCCAUGAACAAUCAGCAAGUGCGGCAGCAAGGGAGCUCAUCACAGUACUGGGCAGAGGAGCAGCUCGUCCCUACCUGCUACAACGGAGCCAUUGAUGCCUCUUUUGAUGCAAAAACAUUCUGGGAAAACUGCGGUUUGGUGAAUUGCAACUCUUCUGAGAGCUAUAGUACUAUUGGGUCUUUGCUUGAAGAGACGCCUACUGGUAACUCUAUGAUUGCUGAGGGCGCUAUAAUGGGGCUUGAGAUGCCUGUGGAUAUGGAUACUCUGAUGCAGUUUGGGGUGAAUAAGGAGGUCAGCUUGCUGGAAACCAUUGCCAACUUAAACCUGUAAACUUUUCUGAAACAUUUCUAAUGGGUUGGGGGCUUCCAAGCAUUUUGGCGAAAUGGAGAUGGGUGUUGGCAUGGAUUAUAGUAGUUGUUGUUAUGCUUUUAUGCGUGUCUGUGUUAUGCGUUUCGAGUCUGUUCUGAGAGUUGGUCGGUUGUUUUCGAGAGUCGGGAGUCUGUUAAUAUUCUCUUUGUAGGUUGUAUCCAAACUUUCAGAUCGAUACAUACAUGUAUACCAAACAUGAGUAUGGAUAGUCUGGACCGUUAGCAAUAAAAGAUGGGAGUUCAACUGUGAUA